AUGUCUUUUCCCUACCCUCCAGGCACCACCAUUUCUCAAUCUCCGCCGCCGCCAGCGCCACCGAGUAAUGGCAACUACUCCAUGAUCGCCGGCCUCACCAUCGCCUUCGGGAUCGUCACGUUCGUGCUCUCGUACGCGUGCAGGCUGUUCCGGCAAGAUCACGCCGGCGCCGAGGCCACCGAGGCGGCAGCAGACCUCGGCGCCGCACGGUCGGGGGCAACUACGUAUACAGUGCCACCGGAGCCGUGGGACGACGGCGACGAGCAGCGCCGGCGGCGCGUCAGCCCGACGGCUGGCCUCCCGUCGUUCACGUACGACCGGUCGGUGAUGCACAACGUGACGAGCAGAGGCGAGGAGGCGGCGACGUGCUCCGUGUGCCUCGGCGCUUUCCAAACCGGGGAGACGGUGCGGUUGCUGCCGGUGUGCCUGCACCUGUACCACGCCGAGUGCAUCGACCCGUGGCUGGACGCGCACUCGACGUGCCCGAUCUGCCGGUCGGGCACCGACCCGGUGACGGCUGGCCGGCUACACCUGCCGGUUUAG